UCCAGUAGGGUCACAUGAAUUCCACUGGAGCUUCAAAAGGGAUCAUUCUCUAAGAUCCCAAAAUGCCAAUUAUAACUUUACUCUCAAACUAUUUUUUAUUCCAUUUAUUGUGUGUUAACAACUUAAAUAAUGAAAUCUAGUUCAAAUUACAGCUUUUUAAAUUUGGUUAAUAAUUUUUUUGCUUAGCGUCGGAUUUCCGGUACGAAAUGGAACUUCUUAAUCCAUCUCCACCUCCCCAACAGAUCGGUGGUCAUUUUGCCGGUUUGAUAACUCCGGUAUCGUCGUAUUUUAGUCUUAACAACUUCGAUCAAAGAGCUUUCAUGGCGAUUAUACCUCCACCCCGACGACGAGAAACUGUAGAAGUGAGUGGUGCUAGUAGUACUUAUGGUGAUGAUGAUAAAGUUUAUGUAGUUGUUGUGAAUUCGAUUGAUAUGACUGUGGCUUUACUUCAUUGGACUUUUCGGCAAUUUAGAAAUCGAGAAAUUUGUCUCGUUCAUGUCUAUCAACCUUCUCCUACGAUACCAACUCUCUUGGGAAAACUUCCUGCAAAUCAAGCCAAUCAAGAAUCGCUUGCUGUCUAUAGAGAAGAAGAAAGACAAAGGAAUAGCAAACUUAUCUCUAAUUACCUGGGCAUUUGCAACAGAUCAAAGGUCAAAGCAAGCACCAUUACAAUUGAAGCUACAAAUUUACACAAGGGCAUUGUAGAGCUAAUUACGAGACAUGGCAUCAAAACAUUGGUUAUGGAGACGAUGCGAGACAAUUGCGCGAAGGUGAAGAAGAGCCAUGCUGCCAAAAAGGCACCUCCAUUCUGUGACAUUUGGUUUGUGAGCCAAGGCAAACUUCUCUGGACAAGGGAGGCUACUGAAAAUGCUGUAAAUUUUAUGCCAACAAUGAUUAGAUCACCCAAAGCAUCGCUUACAGACGCCACAAGUUCAUUCGCUACUGGGAGAUGCCGUGAUGGGAUUAUCAGACAAGAUGAGAUAGAACCUCUAUCCGCUUCUGGAUCAGUUGCACGAAAUACAUUAAAUUUUAACAAUGUCACCGCUACAUCUGGGUACACACCUAUUGAAAUUAGAGGGUCAUCAGGAGUUGAUUCAGAUGCUGAAGAAGAAAUGUUAUGUAAGAAACUUAUUGAAGCCACGACGGAAGCUGAAAAAGCUAAGGAUGAAGCAUUUGCAGAGUUACUGGAGCGCAGAAGAUUGGAAUCGGAAUCUGCGGAAACCAUGAAUAAGGUUAAACGUUUUGAAGCUGCUUGUACAGAUGAAGUUCAAUUGAGAAACCAAAUCGAGGAUGAAAUAAGCAGUAUAAGAGAAGAGAAAGAAAAGCUCUUAGUGCAGAAGGAAGAAGUCUCCGAGGAGCUACAAAGAACAAUGAAAAAUGUUGCUGUCCUUAGUAAUCGUGUUCAGGAGGCAAAUGCUCGCCAAGUAGAAGCUACUAGAGAACUAAGGCUUAUCCAAGCGUCCCUUGCAACUCUCCGAGUUGAAAAGAAGAAAGUUCAACGGCAGAGAGAUGGCGCCAUGCGAAGAGUGGAUCAGUGGAAAAGUCGUGGGCUAGUGGGACCUUCAAACUAUGAUGAGUUUUUCCUUUUAACCGACUCAGAAGAGUUAACAGAGCUUUCUUUGUCAGAUUUGGAGACUGCAACGUGCAACUUUUCGGAAAGCUUCAAGAUUGGACAGGGACAGUAUGGUUGUGUUUACAAAGGAGAGUUGUUGGACAGAAGUGUUGCUAUAAAGAAGCUGUAUCCAUUUAAGAUUCGUGGAAGAUUGGAGUUUCAACAAGAGGUACACGUUCUGAGCAAAUUAGAACAUCCUCAUCUAGUAACUCUGAUUGGAGCAUGUCCUGAAGCUUUGUCACUAGUCUACGAGUACAUACCCAAUGGGAGCAUCCAGGACCACCUCUUUAGCAAAAACAGCAAACACCUUCUUCCUUGGAAAACUCGAACGCGUAUUGCAGCGGAGAUUGCAAGCUCGCUCUUCUACUUGCAUUCUUCCAAACCUGAAAAGAUUGUUCACUGUAACCUUAAACCCGAAAAUAUCAUGUUGGAUUCUGAGUUCCACUGUAAGGUAGGGGAUUAUGGGAUAUGGCGGCUUGUCCCAGAGGAUACUGCUCGUUGUCCGAGUUUUGGCAGAAGUGCGGAGCCAAAGUCUGCCUUACCAUACAGAGAUCCAGAGAUGCAGACAAGUGGACAUGUAACAACCAAAUCAGACAUCUACUCAUUCGGGGUGAUAAUUUUACAGCUAGUAACAGGGAAGCCUCCGGUAGGUUUAGUAAGUGAAGUUCGUAGAGCCGUGUUAUGUGGUAGAAUGGUGUCCAUAUUGGACCAAUCGGCUGGAGAGUGGCCUACAUAUAUUGCCAGGAGGUUGGUGGAACUAGGUUUACAUUGCUGUGAGAUGAACAGCCGAGAUAGGCCAGAGCUGACGCCAACUUUGAUCAGGGAACUAGAGCGUUUACCCCUUGCGGAAGAUCGUCCGAUUCCCUCUUUUUUCGUGUGUCCUAUCCGCCAGGAGAUUAUGCACGAUCCUCAUGUGGCUGCAGAUGGGUUCACAUAUGAAGGUGAGGCUAUGCGUGGAUGGUUGAAGAACGGACGUGAUACUUCUCCUAUGACUAAUCUGAAACUAAGUCACUUGCAUCUCACUCCUAAUCAUGCACUUCAACUUGCUAUCAGGGAUUGGCUGUGCCAAUCUUGAAGGUAGAAACGCAUUCACGUAUGCAUAAACUGUGGUCUGAAAUGCAUUCACGUAUGCAUAAACUGUGGUCUGAAAGUUGGCGUUUAUCUGAUCUUGGUAUCUAUUGUAUAUCUGAAUGAAUGAAUGCAUGCUAAGCAAGCAUGUGUAUAGUGAGAAGCCACUUACUCGGUAAUGCAAACCAUAUAGGAUUCAGAUUCUAUUGUAAAUCGAGGUUUUCAGGACUUAAUUUGCCCAUUCAAAAAUUAAGAUUUUCCGGGCAAAGUUUGUCUACCUGAAAUUUCUAUUCCAAGUCCCCCACAUUUUUUUUUUGUAUGUAUAGAAAAGCAUAUUUAGUGAUCAAUAUGUAAGAAACUGGAUUGUAGUCAUGGAGGUCUUGGUAUAACUUACUAAUGUAGGAGCACUAUGUACAAAAACAUCAACAUUGCCUA